AUGCCAUCAAACCUUUGCGUGGCUUUUCGCCAGCACUCCGUAAGCUACUACUCAACCGCGGCUACCGGUGCUGUCAACAGUCAUCCACCGUAUAAAACACUGUUAUUGGAGGCACCGGUACCUCAUGUAUUACAUGUCCGUUUAAAUAGACCCGAUAAACGGAACGCCAUAACCGCACAGGCAUUCCGAGAGCUACGGGAGUGCUUCGAGCGCACCGACCAGUGCUCCCACACGCGGGCAGUCGUACUGUCCGGCGAGGGAACGGUAUUCUCGGCUGGGCUUGACUUCCAAGACAUAUCUACACUAAUAAACGCCGGCACUGAUUGGGUGGGCCUAUGUGGACAGGCAUCUGGAGCGCCGGUAGACAUAGCCAGACGUGCGAAAGGCAUCCGAAAAGUGCUAAAACAGUGGCAAAACUCGUUGACUACUAUAGCCGAGUGCUCGAAACCGGUGGUGGCGGCGGUGAACGGGCCCUGUAUUGGUGGGGGACUGGAGGUUGCUAUCGCUUGUGACAUAAGGUACUGUUCCUGCGAUUCAUACUUUUCCAUACGAGAGGUGACGUUAGGUAUGGCCGCAGAUGUAGGAAGUCUUCAACGCGUUCCGAAAAUUAUGGGAAACGACUCACUGGUGAGGGAACUGGCGUUUACGGGCCGUAAUCUCAAUGCGACCGAUGCCUUAGCUCAUGGGUUGGUGAGUAAAGUGUUGCCUACCGGUGCUGAGGCGGUCGAGUCGGCCCUGGAGUUGGCGAAAGUGAUUGCAGCCAACAGUCCGUUGGCGGUUCAGGGCUCGAAGGCUGGCCUUAACUUCUCGAGGGAUCAUACAGUCCGAGUGGGACUGGAGUUUAUGGCCGCCUGGAACCAGUGUAUGAUUCAAAGCGAUGAUCUCAUUAAGGCAGCCAUGGCUACGACUACCCGGACUACUGAACCACCAGUUUUUGAUGACUUAUAA